ACUGCGUUUUAUUUUUAUAAAGUCUCGUUCAGUCUUCAACCAAAAGGAAUAUCGGACAGAAACACGCUCACUUGCAAUUAUAGAGGCGUGCAGUUGAUUGCAAGCAGAGUUGAGGAGAACAAGAAGUACCAUCAGCUAAAGUGGAGUUUAAUUGAGAUUGGAAAAGUCUGGCCGAAACUGCGAAACAAUCUGUUGCUCUCUGUCUUAAUAUCCUCAACAGCACAACAAACCAAGGAGUAAUUUUUUUGGGCAGGGAGAAAGUGAGUGUGAGAGAGUUUGAGUCGGUCGUGCCACCGCCGGUUGCUUCCUUCGAGGCCUCGCUCGAGCACCGACAACACUCGCCUGCUGUACCAGUGGUGCCGCCGAAACAGUCUUCAUUCCACCGUCAACAGGAUGACGACUUCAUUAGCGCCUGCCGUGCUAAUAAUCGGCGACAACUUUGAGUUGCGCUUUGAAGUCGAGGAGAUCGAAGGCGAAUUUGCUGAGAGGGCACGUAAAGAAUUGAGAGAAACGCCGGAGAACAAGUCGGAAGCAAUCGAAGAGCUCCGUAAACUAGUCACAGAUGAUAAGAACUUAAACUUCCCGGUUGAUGAUGAAUUACGGCUACUUAUUUUUCUGCGGCCUUGCAAAUUUUACGCGCAGAGUGCCUAUGCCCUAAUGAAACGGUACUACACAUUUCGACUGAAAAAUCCUAAAGUCUAUCGCGAGUUGAAGCCAACAAAUGAGAAAAAUCUAUUUGAUCAAGAUAUCAUCACAGUUCUGCCAAAACGGGAUCAAUUUGGCCGGCGAGUUAUGCUCAUUGAGUCAGGCGGCAAGUGGAACACGAGCCUUUGCUCAGUGGACGAGAUAUUCCGAGGAUGUGCCUUGUUCUUGGAGGCUGCCAUGGCAGAGCCCAAAACACAAGUUUCUGGAGUUGUAGUAAUCUUAGACCAAGCUGGCCUGAGUCUAAGUCACGUGAUGCAAUUUACUCCAGGAUUUGCCCGAGCUGUUGUUACGUGGGUUCAAGAAUGCUUGCCAAUUAGGUUGAAGGGGGUUCACAUUGUGAACCAGCCUUACAUUUUCAACAUGAUUUUCGCCAUUUUCAAGCCAUUCCUCCAAGAGAAGCUACGAAAGAGGAUACACUUCCAUGGCACGAAUCGGCCAUCCCUAUUAAAGCACAUCGACCCUGAGGUCCUACCAAAGCGAUAUGGUGGAACCCUGGAUCUCCCAGAUGUCACUGGUGAUCAGUGGUACACCUUGAUGGCACCACGAAAUAGUGAUUACGAGAAGGUCAACUCUUUUGGAUACACUUCGUAGGGUCAUGUGCUGGAUUUAAAAGUUGCCUCAAAAAUAUUUUGUGAUAAUGUACACAAAAAUUGUAACUUAUUAAUUACUUAAAAUUCCUUGUGUAUGUAAAUUUUUAGUGUAUAACAUUUAUUAUUUAAGUCACAAUUUUAAAUUAUACGAGACGUUUUCUUUUUAAAUUUAUUUCACAAAGACCUAAAAACUUAAAAAAUUAUACAAUAUUAAAUUUGGUGUAAGAUUUUUUAUUUUAUGUAAAAUUAGUAAAAAAUGACAAUUAUUGGAAAUAAUUAAAACGAUGCCCCCCA